AAUCCAGAAAUCCAAAGGGUUUUGGAUUUGCGGAAUAUGCUAAUGCUGAUAGUGUACUGCGUGCUUUGCGUGUACUUGGUGGUGAAGGUUCAGGUGAUGGUAAAAAAGAUAGGGGAGUUGUUGGAGGAAGGUUAAAGCCGAUGAGAAUACAAGAAAAUAUCUUGAUCAAUAUGAAGGCUUAACGAAUUAGACAAAAAUGCCUUGUUAUCAGUUAUAAUCGUUGUUGAAGACAUGACUAAACCACAGGAUAGAAGAUAUUUGUCACCAAUAAAUUCUCAGCAUGAAAAUAAAUUAGCUCUUCGAACAUCACCACGUCAGAGAGAAGAAGAAGAACGAGCAAAUCGUAGAGCUAAUGCUGAAAAAGAAAGAGAACGUUCACAUGGAAGGAAAAAUAAAGAGAGAGAACGUGAGAGAGAAAGAGAGCGGGAUCGUGAUAGAGAUCGAGAUCGGCAAUAUGGACAUCAAGACGCGAAUCUUAUAUUAUACGAUGAAGAAGAGGAACAACGCAGACAAGCUAAAAGAAAACUGAAAUGGAAAUGGAUCGGGAGAAAGUUAGCGGAAUGGGACGACGCUGAAAGAGGUCAAGAAGAAUAUUACAAAGACAGAAAACCAAUUCUUAAUCUUGCUGAAGAUGAGGAAUUUGACGAUGAGGAAGGUAUUGAAUCAAAACGUAAACGUCGAAUUUUAGUUCCUUUGGAAUAUAAUGUUAAACGGGAGGAAUUAGAUGAGAAUAUUCUUAGUGAAAAGUUACAGCCAUUUGCAAAAGAUGAAUUAGUCUCUUUGUUAUUGAUCAUUUACGUGAAAAAGCCAGCUGAAGAAAGAAAUGAUGAUGGUAUGUUGAUUACUAUUUGCAUUAAAUAUCAAAGAAUGAGGAAUCCGAGCUAUUUGUUAUGGCGUAUGUUAAUUUUUGAAGCGGUAAGUAAGGCAAGAAAAAUAUAA